AUGGGAGGAUCUGCAUCUACACCGCCUAAACCGGCACUUUCCGAGCAUUCGAAGCAAAUUGUUGAAGAAGUAAAACAGCAUGCCGUUGUGAUCUACACAAAAGAUGGAUGUGGAUACUGUGUGAAGGCGAAGAACGAGUUGUAUGAAGAUGGAAUCACGUACACUGAAAAGAAUUUAAACGCAGUUGCAAAGGUCAUUCCAAACCCACAGGAAUAUAUCAAUGGACUGAUGGAUUUGACACGUCAACGAACAGUUCCACAGAUUUUUAUUUGUGGGAAAUUUGUUGGUGGAUACACAGAAUUGAACGCUCUGCGACCGAAUCUUGCCAAAAUUUUGGAAACGUGUUCAUUGGACAAAGGAGAAACGUUGCGACGAGAGUUUGCUUCAAAAAUUUGA